AUGGCUGACGAAAGUAUUCCGCCGCACUUGGAGUGCGCGAUAUGCAUGAAGUUGCUGUUGGAGCCCGUCUCCGUUCCUUGUGGUCACACGUUCUGUCAGACGUGCUUGGACCAAGCGCUGGGUUACAGGAACCUUUGCGCCGUGUGCCGUGCGCCUGUACCUCCUGGACAAUCGGUGAACAUCCUCAUCCGCAGCAUGAUUUCGGAGCAGUACCCGCGCGCUUUAGCCAGCAGGAGAAGAGAAGUUGAGGAGGAGCUGCGGCAGGCCGAGCGAAGUGCAGAGGAGGAGCGCCUACGAGAGGUGGCUGCGGGUGCCCCGGCAAAUGCUGAAGCCAAUGGCCCUGGUGGGGCGGAUGCCAUCAUUCUACCCGUCUUGAGGCAUGCGCGGCCCAUGCUUCCGCAAUGCCGUAUUGGGCAUGACUUAGACUCGCAGGGUGAACUGCUCGUGAACUUUGCCGUCCAGGGCGGUCGCCGCAUCUGCGUGAUGCAGCCGGGAGGAGACGCAGGCAUCUGCAUGUCUGUGGAGCAGCUUCGGCCCGCUGCCCGGCAGCAGCCGGCGCAGGUCACACUUGUUGGCAAGUUCCGCGUCCGCUUGACGGAGCCGCCCAACAUGCACGAGGACGGGUUUGAGCUCGGCCGCUUCGAGGCAUAUUUCGAUACGCCUUUGCCGCUGAACUUACUGGGGCGUGAGGCUCCAGAAGGAGGCGACGGCGAGGAGCCAGCCCCAGUCAUUGCAGAGGGGGCGAUGCAGGCUGUGGAGCGACAGCUGGAAAUGCUCGGUUCUGGGAGCAGGUAUGUCUUCACUGAAAGCUGUGGGGAACCUCCUGCCGCGCUUCGCAGAAGGCCGGGUGGGACGUUGACGUCGGCCGACUUGGAGCAAAUUUCCUUCUGGCUUCUUGGCGCCAUCAUGAUGAGCGAUGCCGACAGGAAGCGAUGGGUGGAGUCCACGGACACGCAGAAGCGACUUACAGCCUGCCGCAAGAAGCUUCAGGAAGCCGGGGCGCGCCCGGUUCUGAACCUUCCGGGCUCAGAUUCGUGGAUGCAUCCUACGCAGUCCUCCUGGAGCAGCCUAGUGCUGCUCCUGGUCGUUUUGGCUGUUCUACUGGCGAAGGCACUGGGCCUCUUUGACAGUUGGGGCAAGUCAUCAAGGACAUGGAAUUCUCGUCGUCUCAACUGA